AUGCAGGAUGUAUUAGAAUACAGGUGUCUUUGUAGCUUCUCUAAACCAAUAUUAAGUGAAAUUGUGUUCUUCUCUUCCAGGGAUCUUUCAUACAACAGCAUUUCCUCAUUAGAUGAUAACCUUUUCAACAAUUUGACUUCCCUGCAGAAAAUAUAUCUUCAGGGCAAUAAUAUUAGUAUUCUUCUCAAAGAAAUCUUCGCUGGUAGAAGAUAUUUAUCAGUUAUAGAUAUAAGCAACAAUCAGAUAUCUACUUUAGAAGAUGGGAUAUUUGCUGAUUUAUUUAAUUUAAGUGAAAUAAACUUGAGUUUUAAUGACUUUGUUUGUGACUGUAACCUUUCCUGGUUACCUGCCUGGAUAAACAGUGAGGAAGCAAAAGGGGUGAAUGUGGUCGAUAGUGAAUUCAUCAAGUGUGCGAAACCUUCCAAGUUUGAAGACUUGUCGGUGUUCAGUGUUAAUAUUUCAAGGAUUCUCUGUGGAUCUGAAUAUAUGGCGUGUUUAUCUGAUAAGAAAUCCAUAGUAAGCUUAUCAUUACUAACUUUGUGGAAUUCCAGCAGAGAAAACUGCACUGCUCUGUGUUUCGCUGAAGAUGAACUGUACGCUGCCCUAGACAGCGACAAUCAAUGCCUGUGUGGCUCAAGCCUGGAACCUGACUCUAUCGCACUAUGCACACAGGAGAAGACGGGGGGGCAGCUUUCGCCAGCCUGUGGCUGCACUGUAGUGAAAGAAGCAUUCCAAGUUACAAUCGCAAACUUUGCUGAACUGCGCACUUUUAGCCUUUACGAACUGGCACGGCUGACUGUUGUGCCUUUGGUUCAUGUUAGCACUUUCCAGUGGGACUUUGGAGAUCUCUCCCCACUUUUCAACACUACCGACCAUGUGGUCCUCCACAAAUACAGCCUGCCAGGGACGUACCUGGUCAGUGUCACGUUGUUUGUGGGUCACAGGGUGAUCUCACUCCACGUAGAGAUUCAGGUCACCGUUCACCCAGGAAGGAUGGAGCUGACUUGCCCUCCCGUAGUUCAGACUCAGGAAAGCAUUGGCAUUGGGAUCUGCAACUGGGAUAGCCUCAAUGUUACAGCAUUGUGGAGCAUCACUACACCGAAUGGUAACACAACAAGGGAAAUGCCAUCUUGCUCUCUGGGUGGGUAUCUGACCAACAGUCGCUGCUAUAAGCUCGUGAACAAGAGCUCUACAUGGUCCAAAGCCCGGCACUUCUGUCAGUCUCAUACCGGUGGUGACCUGGCAAUUCUAAAGGAUCUAGAGGUUCAAACCUUUCUUCUAAAUGUCACAGAAUGCAGGCGUCCUGUGUGGAUUGGACUCAGCGAUACUGUUAGUGCUGGAACACUACAGUGGGUGGACGGGUCUAUUCUUGAACACUAUCACAACUGGUUGCCCGGGGAACCGAACAUGUUACUGAAUAACACUUGUGUGCUUAUGGGAGUGAACCACGCAGGGCAAUGGAGGGCUGGCUUAUGUAACACCAAGAGACGCUUCAUUUGUGAAUACAGGCCUGGAGAAAAGGUACUAGAUGCUGAUUAUUUUCUUCUGGGACCCCCAGCAUUUAGCACACAUCAACUUGUAAAGAAUCUCACUAUAAACAGAGACAUACCGACACUAGUAGGACAAAUUGAGCUCAUGGUUUUUCCAGGCCUUUGGUUUGGUCAUAAAGGGUUUGUUUCAGCACUUGAAUUUGCCACGCAAAGUCUGAACAGUACAGUCCAGAUAAGAUUUCAGAUCUACCGCCCAAGAUGCGUUGGCACUGACCUACGCCUUGUGACGCCAGGUAAUGAAGAGACCUGCACACCGUUUGCUUUCUGCACAUCACAGGGGAACAGCAAUUUCACCACUGGUUGCCCCAGGGGAACCUUCUGGUGUAAUACAGUCGAGACCUGUCUGCCACUCAGAGAACCCUGCGGUGAUGAGGAUUUGAAUUUGUGCCCAAAUCUAAUCCUGCCCCAGUUCAACAUCAGCCGCCUGAGCUACGAUCGGGUGAAGGAAGUGACUUGUACGGUCCCAGCCGACCGUCCCACUCAUUACGUAGUACUGCUGAGAAAUGAAAGCAUACCAGUGCAGUCCAAUGAUAUUAUCGCCAUUCAACACGAUGGGGAGCCUGGGUCCUUCCUACAGUGUCAGCAGGACCCAUCAUCACCCUGGCAGAAACGUUAUUUCAGUAUCAUCACUCUCAAUGGGACCCGAGAUGUUCUGAGGGACCUCACUGAUGUUAGCUGGUCAGACAGCACCGUGUGCAACCUCAGAGUCUUGUACACCCGCAGGCAAGAAACUAUUGCAAAGAGCCCUUUGAUUCAGAAUGCGCCACACUCUCCAGGCCUUUAUACCUACCAAAGCACAAUGGAAAAUGUUUUUUUUCCAACAAACCUCUCCUCUUGUACUAUUAAAGUCGUGGCUCCAAUUAGGUUCCUCAGAGUAAUUCACCCAAAGGAGCAAAACGGGGUGUAUUUUGUUCCCAGAAAUCAAACUGUCAUUAUUGUUCAAAUCAAUUCAUGGGGCAGGAGUGUGACGUGCUGGGCCGGGAGUAAUCAGACCUUCCCCUGUCAAGCCGCUUGCCCAUUGGAACUCUCUUCUGACACUUACAAAUGUGAAAGGGUUACAAACGACACCUGCUUCUCACGUUUCCCCAUCACUUUCACCAACUGCACACAAAUGACCAUUGUUAUCAGCGCAAAGAACGAGGUCAGUUCAAUCAACAAGACAGUGACUGUGAAAAGCGAGGAGCUCAUCCAAGGCCUCAGGGUAAUGCCUGACCCUAAAUUAAGAGUGUUGUCCAAUACUCUGGUGAGCUAUACUGCAGUGGUGACAGCUGGGACUGACAUUACAUUUAAAUGGAAUAUUGAUGACAACCCAUCCUUCACAAACUAUAAGCAAGUCUUCAAUGUCAUCUACUGCAAUGAAGCCGUUUACAAGCUGUCGCUCACAGCCUCCAAUCACGUAAAUGGGGACGUGGUGACUUAUAACGUUACGGUGUACAAGAGGAACCCAUUGGCUGAUCUGUGUGUUUCUGGUAUUCCUGCCAUUGCGGUACGGGAUUCUCCGUGCACCUUCACGGGCUCUGUGACAGUGGACGCAGCCGUCAACGCCACAUUCAGGUGGAGUUAUGGCGAUGGAAGCCCCGAUAAGAUCUUUGACUUCCGAUCGCCUUAUAACCACAGUGAUAUGGUUCAACUCCUCAGUGAUGAGCAAGUUGUGCUGCAACAGAAUGCCACCCACACGUACCAAAGCCCCGGCGACUACAACCUCACGGUGACAGUGUCGGACAAGUACGAGAACAUCAGUCGGCAUCUGCUGGUCAGGGUGUGUAACCUCCUCACCAAUGUCACCAUUAACAUGGACAGUGACGUCAUUGCCGUUGACCAGCGGGUGCAGUUUGAAGCUGUUCCUUGGCCGGCCACGCAGGGCAUUACUUACACCUGGCACUUCAGCGACAACUUGGCACCGCUGAACGGGACCCAGCAAAGGGUGAACCACACCUUCAGGCAGAGUGGGAAGUAUAAUGUCAGCGUGCGAGCCCACAACGCCAUCAGCAGUGUGGAGGCUGGGCGGCCAGUGGGAGUGCUGGAGCAAGUGGUGCAACUCAGCAUCUUGGCCAGUAGCCCAACAGAGCUGUCCUCCCCCACCAUCGUCACCGCCUCCUCCGAGAGGGGCACCGACAUCUCCUGGACAUUCGACAUGGGGGACGGGACGCCGCUUGUUGAGACCCGACUGGCGAUGGUCAACCACACCUAUGCGGCUGUGGGCAAUUACAUGCUGAGCGUGACGGCCACCAACCCGUUGGGCGCUGUUAGCGCCUCCCACCUGGUCCACGUUUUUGUGCUGCAGGUGUGCAGGAUCGAGCCUUCCGAGUGUGUGCAGGAGCUGGUGGAGGUCAGCUUCCGUGCCUUCACCCCCGGCGAUCCUGCCAAAUUCGUCUUCUCCUGGGAUUUCGGAGAUGGGUCGCCCAACGUGACUGUCCCAGGCGAUCCCACGGCCAAGCACAACUACACCAGGAGCAGCCCGUUCCUGCUCACCCUGUCUGUCUCCAGCAGCGUCAACAAGGUCAACUUCUACUCCAACAUGUGUGUGCAGUCCGCCAUCAGCCUCGUGGUGCUCACGCCCCUCAGCAGGUACGUGAAGUUGGGGGAAGAGAGCGUGUUCAGAGCAGAUGUCUUCCCUGAGAGUCAGCAGUACACGUACGUGUGGGACCUGGAGGGCAUGGAGGCUCAGCAGGCUCACGGGAGGGAGAUGAAUGUCACCUUCAGGACCCCCGGCCUCCACACAGUGAAUGUCACCGUGUUCAACAAUGUCUCGUCUGGCAGGAACACAAGCUCAGUGGAGAUCCAAGCGCCGGUGAGACUGGUCAGGAUCAAGCUGCGAGAGGCGACCUUUGCGACUGAUCUGGUGUUGGGCCGUACGUAUGCGUUCACAGCGCAGAGCGAGGGAGACCGGGCAGAGUACGGCUGGGACUUCGGGGACGGGCGGAGAGAGAGCGGGGUCAACGCCAGCCAUUCCUACUGCGCCCCAGGCCGCUUUGUGGUGGUGCUGACCGUCCGCAACAUGGUAAGCAGCGAGGAGGCCACACUGACCAUCACCGUGAAAACUCCCAUCGCCGGACUGAGAGUGACAGCCAACACCAGCACCACUCCUGUAAACAUGCCAGUGGGCUUCGUGGCAAACCACACGGCAGGAGAUCAUGUGAACUACUUGUGGUCAUUCUGCAACAGCUGCAGCCUGUUGUCGGAGCCAGCCACAGUCUUCUACACCUUCAUAUCCCCCGGGCUGUUUAAUGUCAGCGUCACGGCGAAAAACGGGAUUAGCACAGGGCAGGCCAGCAUCCUGGUUUUUGUGCUCAAAGAAAUCAAAGGCCUCAAGAUGAUCUUGCCUAACCUAGUUGAGGACUGCUGUUUCGCGACUGAGCAGACGCUACAGAUGCAGUUGGUGAUCAGGGAGGGCACCAACGUCUCGUACAAGUGGACGGUGCUGAGCGAGGGUGUCACUGUGUUCCAAUGCAUGGAGAACGACACAAAGGCGUGCUUCAGCGAGCCCGGCACGUACCACAUCGUGCUGCAGGCCAGCAACCUGCUGGGCUCGCUCAGCGUGAACCGCUCCGUCCUGGUGAUGGAGCGGGUGGAUGGCGUGGAACUCAGGGCAGAGCCCGAGCCGGUGGCAGUGGGCACAACCGCCAACAUCAGCGCGUCUCUGCAUGCUGGUACCAACGUGACGUAUGUCUGGUCGUUGGGUGGCAAUUUCACCAUCCCCACCCUGCGUCCGUUUGUCAGGCACCGUUUCCAGAGCCCAGGGCUCAAGCACAUUAACGUCACAGUCACCAACAAGCUGGGAUCCAGCAGCGGGACACUAGCCAUCCGUGUCCAAGAGCCGGUGACUGGUUUGACCAUCAACACGGGAGAUCCAAGCAGCCAGUGCUACGUGGCGACCAACACCACGUUGAUCUUGCGCGGGAGUGUGCACAGUGGCACAAAUAUCUCUUGGAUCUGGAUGCUGUGGAACACGGAGGAGAGGACACAGCAGGAAAUCACCUUGUCCUUCGCUUCAGCUGGUGUGUAUGAAGUGAGCUUAAACGCCUCGAAUGACGUGAGUUGUGACAUGGCCGUGAAGCGCCUCAUUGUCCAAGACACAGUGCGGGGACUACAGCUGGAGGCCUCCAAGUGGACGGUGGCUCCACGCGAGGAGCUGAUUUUUACCGUCAGGUACUCCUCUGGGACAGACCUCAUCCUCUCGCUGAGCUUCGGCAACAGCCUGCCUGUGCUGCUAAACAACACAAGCUACAGCUACAGCUUCAGAGAGCUUGGGCCUCACACUGUCAGGCUGCGGGCAGAAAACAGGGUGAGCAGCAUAGAGACCAGCCUCGUGAUUCAGGUCAUUGAACCCAUCGCGGGUCUAAGGCUACGAGACCAAAAUGUGCAAGCCAUUCCUGCUGGGGUCUUGAGGACCUUUGGAGCUGUGCUUUCCAAAGGCUCUCAGGUCUCGUACACUUGGGAUUUUGAGUUGGGUGGUCUUAACAAGACCCUUCAUGGGCAGAAUGUUUCAUAUACACCAAAGGCACAAGGCCAGUUAAAGGUUUUUCUGAGUGCAUUCAACAACAUAUCCAGGGAAAAUGUUUCGAUAGUGAUUCUGGUGCAGGAAAAGAUUCUAUCCACUCGCCUUACAGUGAUCCCAUUAAUCGCUGUAGUGAAAGAAACCGUCUACCUGAACCUCUCUCGGACUCCAAGCUCUAGCCAAGCCUCCUUUGAAUGGAAGUUUGGAGAUGGCUCCCAAGACGCCUUUACGAAGGAGUCAGUUAAAACCCACUUAUAUUCACGUCCUGGAGAGUACGAGGUUGAAGUUAAUGCAUCCAACUCAGUGAGUUUCUUGAUCGCAAAGGUCAAAGUCAUCGUUGUGCUGUUGAAAUGUGAUCCGCCCAAGAUACACUUGGUCUUGAGUGACACUAUGAAAAGUGCCGAGAGGAACUACUUGGAGGCAGAGAUUGACCUCAAGGGAUGUGCGGAGUAUCAGAUUGAAUACCUAUGGGAUAUCUAUAAGGCUUUGCGCUGUGAAACUUUUCAACAAGUGAACAAAGUUGAACUUGGAAAUGUUGACUUGACAAGGCCACAGCUGCUACUGCCCAGACAAGCUCUGCAGAUUGGCAACUACUGUGUUAAUUUCUCCAUCUCCUUUUCGGGUACCUCGUACUCCAAGAGCACCUUCUCCGUUGUGACCUUAAUCCCGAGUCCACUCGUCCCAAUCAUAGACGGCGGCACGGCUCGGUCAUGGUCCCCAACCCAGGAUCUGAUCCUGGACGGCACCGAGUCUUAUGACCUCGACCAGCCCAUUGAGAGUCAGACACCUCUGAACUACAAUUGGUUUUGCAUAUGUUCUUGGAAGGAGCCGUCUAAAUGUAACAUAUCCGGGAAUGGAGCUGUUUUUUACAUCCCCAGUCACAGACUGGAGGAUACAAAGUACACAUGUCAUCUCACUGUCAGCAAACCCAACCGGGAACCCCAGUCAGUCGAACAAAUUAUCUCCAUGAAAAACGGAACAUCUCCACUCGUGUCACUGGAGUGCAUAUCAUGCAAAGCACAGUCCGUCCAUGGAGUGAGCAGAAGCUCGCACAUUAUUCUAUCUGGAAGCUGUAGCAACUGUCACUGGAGUUCUCAAUACGCGUGGGAAGCAGAAACGUUUAACAAGAUUCCCCUGGUUUUGAACAGUACCACGACAACCACUGGCAGCACUGAAAUGAACUUGGUAGUGCGACACAGAGUUUUACAGGAUGGAGUUGGAUACACAUUUAGUCUGAACGUUAUAGAUCCACUGAUGGAGAAUGUGGGAUUUGCAUCCAUAUAUAUCCCUCCAAUGUAUCCCCCUUCCAGUGGAAACUGCCAGAUUUACCCAACAGAAAACAUCAGUGCUUUGACAACUAGUGUAACUUUCACAUGUACUGGUUGGAAGGACACAAAUGACACUGGAGCUCCCCUGGUAUACAGUUUCAUCCUCACUCGCUGUAAAUCUGGUGGCAAUCAGUGCAAUGAGUUCUACGUCUACAGGGGAAGCCGGUCAGAAUACUCUGCCGUCCUUCCCCCUGGUUUCAGGUCAAACCACUUCAUCGCCUACAUUGCUGUCAUUGUGGAAACCCAGCAAGGGGCUGCUGCUGUGGCCAUUAACAAAUCUGUGGUUAUCAAUAUAACAGAUACUCCAGAAGGAUUUCAGACUCUGACUGACUGGAUGAAGCUGGAGACGGAGACCAAGUUGCAGGACCUCCUGAAGCAGGGAGAUCCCCAGCCCACCAUCGAAUACGCCCUCGCUCUCAUCACAGUGCUCAACGAGCAGUACGAGAGGAUCAGAAAUUCCGAAACAGAAUUGAGAAAACCUGAAACAGAAUGGGGAGACGAUGCUGGCACCAGGAUUGAUAUCCGUAGUAACAUCACCCUGGCCCUGACCUCUUUAAAGGUCACCACUGUCGAUGACACCCAGCAAAUCUCUGCUGCAUUAGCACAGUGCACGGUAAUCAGCAGAGAGUUUAUUUGUCGUGAGUGUCAGAAACAGACCUUGUUUGCUGUAGACAACAUGAUAUCGGUCCUUCAGAAAGAAACUGGACAGGGAAAAAUGACACCAACUUCCAUAGCAGAUAAUAUACUGGUUACUGCAGGAGGUCUCAUCGACAUAACGAACCAGCAAGUUCCGUGUACGACCAACAAGUCCAGUGAUAAUUCCACUUGCAGCCCAGAGCUGAUGGCCACAGAGGCUUAUAAUCUAUCUGUUAAGUUAAUGCAAGUUCUUAUGGACACGCGAGUCCUGAAUGAAGAGCCUCUGAGUGUGCGUGGAAACAAGAUGGUUGCAGAUGGCAAACGCGCAGACCGGUAUAAUCUGCUCUGCUUUGACAAGAAUUCAAGUUGCCAGUUUUCCAUCCCUCACUCCUUCAGCCGCGUGUUUACCAACAUCAGUGACGUGACCCAGGUCCUGUUCCUCGUGGACUCCAACCCCUUUCCAUACGGCUACAUUGAGAACUACACUGUCUCCAGCAAAGUGGCUUCGAUUGAGUUCAGAACGGACAAUGGCACACACAUCCCCAUCGAGAACCUGAACCUCGACAGAGCCGUCACUGUCAAGGUGUCCACUCGAGUCGGAGUGAGAAACACCACCGUUAAUACCACCGUGAUCAACGGAAGGAGUUCAGUCACCGUCAACAUCACCUCUGGGAAUUUGAACAAGGAGGCUGGGCUGCACAUUCAGGUCACAUAUACGCUUUUGAACGAAACACUCAGUUUAAGGGAAGCCAAUUCCUUCAUUCAUGUCCUACUCCACAAUUCAACAAAUCCAAACGAGUCCAACUUCAAAACCAAAAAGCGGAUCGAUUUGGAGUCAGUGAGAGGGUCCGAUCACAAGCUGUACACCUUUUUCCUGUCUCCUGAUGUUGAUGACACGACCAAAGAGUAUUAUUUGAAUAUCACAAACUAUUAUAGCUCCUCGGUGCGAGCUGCUGUUGGGGUCUACACGUCCCUUUGCCAGUACUUCAACACGACCACCAUGAGCUGGCAGACAGAUGGUAUUGUGCCGCUCGAAGAUACCACCCCAGACACUGCUACCUGCCUAACCCAGCACCUGACUGCUUUCGGAGCCAGCCUCUUUGUGCCACCUAAUUCCGUCGUGUUUAUAAAUCCUCCGACAUCCACUGUGGUUAGGAAUUACGUGGUGCUGAUCACGUGCAGUGUCUGCUUUGUCAUCUACGCUGUCUCGGCUUUCAUUGUCCGGAAGCUGGACCAGAUAGACAUUAAAUGGGUCGGAUUCAUCCCAUUCUGUGGGAUAGAUGGAUACUACAAGUACGAGAUUCUAGUGAAGACGGGUUGGGGCAGAGGCUCAGGCACAACAUCGCAUGUGGGGAUCAGCCUGUAUGGAAAAGAGACUAAGAGCGGUCACAGACACCUGGACAACCAGUCCGCAUUCCGCCGCAAUGGCCUGGACGUGUUCCAGAUCGCCACGGGUUACAGUCUGGGCCGAGUCUGGAAGAUCCGUGUCUGGCAUGACAACAGAGGUUUGAGCCCAUCUUGGUACCUGCAGCAUGUGAUAAUCAAAGAUCUCCAGACCAAUGAAAGCUAUUACUUUCUGGUGAACGACUGGCUGUCUGUCGACAAUGACAGAAACAGAGGCUUGGUGGAAAAGGAGGUUCUGAUGGCAACCGAAGCUGAACUGAAGGACUUUGGCCGAAUCUUCAUCGCCGAGAUCCAGCAAGGCCUCUCGGAGAAACACAUUUGGUUGUCGGUCUGGGACCGACACCCUCGUAGCCGCUUCACCAGGGUCCAGAGGGUCACCUGCUGCCUCGUCCUCAUUUACCUCGUCUUCUGCGCUGGUGCCGUAUGGUACGGGAUUAUAAGAGACAUCAACAAUAGCGAUGUUCCAAUUGCAACCCAAGUGCCCCUGAGUGGAGAGAGCAUGGCAGCUGGUGUAGUCUCCAGCGUAAUCGUUUAUCCAGUCUACCUAUUUGUGGUGAUGCUCUAUCGCAUGUCCCGGAGCCAGGCAUCUAUUGAUGAGCCAGUUCACAUGGAAUCACACACGCUGGAGAUUGACGAUUUCAUCGAAUCCUCGACCCCGGGCAGCUCGUUUCUUACUUUUGCGGAAACUGUAGACGAGGAUUACAGAGACAAGCUGAAGUCAGAUAUAUCCUCUGGAGCUACUUUGAAGAGCCUUUCUGGGUGGCAAGCUUAUGACGGUGUCAUGAACUGGCCCGAUCUGCUGAAUGACCGGUCCAUCAUGGGAAGCAGCAUCCCAAAGCUGAAGAGAGGCAGAGCAACCCGGCAUCUAGGGAUCGAGACGCCUCUGUGUUCAGAGGAAGAACCUUCUUCCUUCGGCUUUGAUCCAGUCAAGAACAUUUGCUUCUCUACUUCAGAUGAACAAUUAAUAGAGAGAAUUCUCACCGAUGGGAGCAACGCUGUGUUCGCCUCGCAUACCAUUGGCCAGGCUUCGCUUGUUCCCGAGAGCCAGUUAAUAUCUAAUCUGAAAACUGAAAUUCUUAGUGGGCGCGUCCAGCCCAGGGUGGACGCUGCAGUUUUGCACAAGAUUAGCGACUGCGACCAGGUUGUAAGACCGUCUCGAGAUUCCCCGAAGUCAGCUGUAUCCAGACGAACAGCUUUCAGUGAGCCUCCGAAGAAGUGCCUCUUCCCAUCCUGGUGCAGCUAUACCGCACAUGUCCUAAGUUUCUUCCUUUUUUCCGGAUGUAUCAGUGUGUCAGUGUGGAUUGGCAUUAACUUCACCGCCAGUGUCAGUCUCAUGUGGCUCAUCUCAGGAAUCUUCAGCAUCCUCUGUUCAUUCUUCCUCCUGGAGCCCCUCAAGGUUUUGACUGAAGCACUUUACUUUGCGAUGAUCGCUAAACGGGUCCAUCCAGAUGAAGAUGACAAUUUAGUGGAGAGACCACGAGUGGAACUGAUUGCGGAGAAAAUUGGCAGAGUUCGACCUCCUCAAGGCUACGGACUCCUUCAAGCCAAGGAAGAAGCCAAGAAGGUCCACACCCUUCACAAAAUGCUUAAGAAUUUCAUUAUUUAUAUGCUGUUCUUGUUGGUCGUCCUUUUGAUAAAUUAUGGAGACUCGUUCAAAGACGGGCAGAGUAGACUCCUGCACAGCUCGAUUCGGCAGGGUUUUGCCGGGGUCAGGAAAAGUGUGGAAUUCCAGAGAAUCAAAAGAUCAGGGGAGCUCUGGAAGUGGAUGGCAGAGGUGCUACUUCCUUAUCUCUAUAGCAACAAAACCGGGAGUCUGCUGGGUUGUCCACGGCUACGUCAAGUCCGUUCCAAGGAGGUUAACUGUCUCCACCAGGCCUCUCUGUCUCUCGGCGAAGCAGGCUGCCAGCAAUCCCUCACCAUGGUAGACACCAACAAUUACGAAAUGAGCUGGAAAAGGGCAGUUGUAAACCGGAGUACAAUGUGGCCAUAUUCAGAGCCCGAUCCGGCCGGAGUAUGGUACUGGGGGCAGAUUGCGGUGUACGACAGCGGUGGCUACACACAGAAACUGGCCAGGACCAAAGAAGAGAGCAGCAGCUUUCUCUGGGAUUUGCAGAAAAAUAACUGGCUGGAUGGAAAGACCAGGGCUGUCUUCAUUGAAUUUACUCAGUUUUACCCAAACGUGGAUCUGUACGCUGUUGGGACUCUUCUGAUAGAGUUCCCUGUCUCAGGGGGAGUGUUCACCACUUUUGACGUCAGCCGAUUCCCACUGCUGCAGCUGAGUGCUGGAGCAGAUCUCCUGCUUGUCAUGAUGGUUUUCCUGAUGAUUUUCGUUCUCUAUUUCAUCAUCACCGAAUUUCUCUCGAUGAGCCGCGAAGGAGCGCCUUACCUGAAGCGGUUCUGGAGCUACAUGCAGUGGGCUGUCAUCGUCCUGAGCGCCUGUUGUGUGGCAGUGCACCUGUGGCGGGCGAAGCUUGCUGAUAGGCAGUGGCUGACAUACCGCGCCCACCCAGAUGGCUUCCCCAACUUUUACCAUGUGGCCUCCCUCAGCUACUUGUUCACCAGCCUGGCCGCCCUCCUGCUUUUCCUUCUGACAAUUAAGACUGCUCGUCAAGUCCGCUUCAUCAGACAGUGGUCCAUCUUUGGGAAGACCUUGAACAACUCUGGAAAGGAGCUCCGGGCGAUGGUCGUAACAUUCAUUUUCUUCCUUCUUGCCUAUACACAGCUGGGCUAUUUGUCUUUUUCUGCUGGUCUGGAGAACUUCAAGACAUUUGGAAGCAGCAUGCUGUCGCUGCUUGCCGUGAUUCACAGAGGGGUCAGUCUCAGACAGAGCCUCAUCGAGUGCCCGAGAACCUGCUACAUCUACUACAUCAGCUACAUGGUCAUCGAGAUCUGGGUUGUCCUGCGUCUGUUUGCUGCUGUCCUCAUUCAGAAUUAUAGAAGCUUGCGGUUGGAGAUGCAUAGGCCGGCCUUCGAACCACAAGACUACGAGAUGGUGGAUUUAUUUCUCAGAAGACUGAAAAUAUGGAUUGGUAUGAGCAAAGUGAAAGAAUUCCGUCAUAAAGUGAGAUUUGAAGGAAUGGUUCCCUUACCCUCUCGCUCUUCCAGAGACUCCAAAUCCAGCUGUCUCCAUACUGCCAGCACCGUCUCAGACAUCUCCAUGUCCUCCACCUCCACCAUCUCCAUCCCGGUGGACACCUUCCAUCUGGCCAGGCCAAAUGAAGCAGCGGAGAUAGAAUCAAACAUCCUCCGCCUGGUGCCCAUCUUUGAGAGCCUGCUGGAGCAGUUUGACCGAGUGAACCAGAUUACAGAAGACAUCUAUCAGCUAGAGUGCAAGCUGCAGGACCUCCAGGGUAGGAUACGAAUGAGGAAGAGGGAGAGAAAGACUGAAGAACCAGUCACGGUGUAUUGUCAGAAUCAGCAGCCAUGGGGACACAAGAAGGUUGGGGUGACCAAGAAGCCUGAGAAUGAUAAUAUCGGGCUAUCGUUGCGGACAUUGAGAAGCAUCGCGAAGGUAAAUAACACCAGAGGCACUGAGGAGAGGUGGCCAUUCAACAGCAUCCCAUUAGGCGAGGACGUUGCAGUGAAAACCCAAGGAACGCAGGGCACCAAGGACCCACAAAGACAUGCCAAGGUCCCCGAGAAGCAAGGGCCAAACACCACAAUGCAAGACGGAACACACACAAAUACAGAGUGAGAUGGGUUGGAUGCAAUCAGAUCCAGUCUAAGCUGACACCAGGGUAAUACAGAGCCCCACUUCUGCAACCAAUGAAGCAAGACACAGAAAUUUACUUCAGGGACCACAAACAGAAGGAAAUACAUAGAUGUAGCAUUGUAGAGCAACUUAACUCUGGUGCAGGCGAUCUCAGACAACAAAACACAAUAUUCCACUUCAAAAAUAGAUUCCAAAUGUUUUGGGAUCACGUCCAAAGUAUGAAGAUGUUUGAAAAAAGACAUGAAGCGUAUGGUUUACUUUAUACUGAGCACUUUAUUUCAAGGACCGUUUGGAAGGAAAGAUAAUACAAAUUUGCUUUCUUAGCUAUGUGCUGAAAGGUGCACUUUUUUAAAAAAAAUACUGUUGUUUUAAUUGCUUCAGGUUGAUUAUUGAGAGAGGGAAAAGUCAGAGCACAAAAUUAAUUUACAAGACAGUAUUUUUUUGGUUAAGUUACGCUGCACCUUUAUUUGCAAACAAAUGUAAAGUAACCAUAUUGUUUUAGCUGAUUUAAAUCUGUAAUUUUUUUGUGAUAAAGACAUUGUUCCAGGAUCACGACUAACAGUAUUACAACAUGUCCAGAAAUCAUACACAAGUACUCGUGUUGUAACUAGUCAGAAAGCAUGAUACUGUAAUUGAUAUUCAGUCAUGAGUAGCUCCAUUGGGUAAAGAGAGAACAGAAGUAAAAUGCCAAAGGUCCCUCCAUCUCCAUGAUGGUUUCACGUUGUUAGCACACUUCACUUUGCACUGGUAAUAGACUCUGCCAGGACAGUAAGUCUAACCAACUAACUGAUAAGUGAGUUGAAAUGUGACGUUUCAAAUUAGCAUUCUAAAUCUCUCACUGACAGUUCAGCAAGUUGAUGUUUGCUAUGAAUUUGUUCACUUUCAGGACUUAAUCCCAGACCACAUUUGUAAACAAAUGUAAAAUAACCAUAUUGUUUUAAAUCUGUAAUAUUUUUGUGAUAAAGACAUUGUCCCAGGAUCACGACUAACAGUAUUACAACAUGACCAUAAAAAGCCAGAAAUCAUACACAAGCACUCAUGUUGCUGAAAUAUAGUUUUUGUACAGAGCCAUCACAUCACCAGAUAUCCUUUUUGUAGAUCUCUAGACCAUAUUUAAUGUGCUUUUCCCUUCUCUGCGCAGAUUACUUGGUUAUUCACUUUUACUUUAACCAGUGAGAAUCAGAGCAAACCUCACCAACCCAUUCCCAAAGGAGCACUGGUAAACUUCAGGUCCUGUAGUUAGUUUGCCAAUUUCUGCAGAUGUUUGUGAGGCAAGUGCAGGUGACGUCAUGGGACUGGCUAAGAAACGAAACUGAGACUAAUGAUAUGGUGCAGUCUAUUUUGAACUGUGUGCAAUUGAUCACCUCCCUCUCAGUGCCAGGCACUCAAACAUGUGCAUUAUAUAUAUAUAUAGAGAGAGAGAGAACAUACACAUACAUAUAUAUAAAAGAUAAACUAAAUAUUUUUCACCAACAAAAUAUACAGUCAAUUCACUUGACAGUAUAUUCUGUGAAGCGCUUUGAGACACCUCAAUGACAUGAUAAGGUGCUAUAUCAAAUGCAAGGAUUAUUAUUAUUAUAAAUAUAAUUUUUUUCCAAACGGGUUCCUGAUUAUCUUUGCCACCUGAAGGUGUGAAGAAUCAGUCUAGAAUUGUAAGUUCUUCAAUUAACCAUUAAACAGUAACUCCAAUUGACCAUGAAACUGCGGAAGGGGGAGGUCAUUCUCCAUAUUAACCAUCCUCAAGCAUGCGUUGUCCUCCAUUUUGUCUGAUUUGCUGACAUCUGACCACAUGAGCAUUUAAUGGGAAAGUGGCGAACAACUUCAAUGUAUAAAAACUGGAGUUUCUUUCCUCCCUGUCGACACAUCUCGGAGCCCAUUGUGGCUUUUUAUUGUGAUUUAUCAUCAGUAUCUAUAUUUAGACAAUAGAACAUAAGCAGAUGGCACGAGAGCAGACACUCGAGUGAGAUCAUUCGCUCCACCCUUAGCAGAGAAACAACACAAGCCAAUCCUUACAUCAGUCAACGGAGAGGGAAGGGAUUGUGGCCAGAGGAAUGAGGCUCAGUCAUUAGUAAUUAAACAGAAAGAUGUUCUCUAUAAUUGGAAACGGCUGUGCACUCCAGAGGAUAGCUGGCACCCCACAGGUAAGAAAGGGGAUCACUGAGUGGAGGGAAAGAUUUACAUCUCUACAUUUUGCCAGCUCUCUGUGGCAUCCUUUAACAAGCAUCUAACCUGCAGUAAAAUGACUAAUCAGAGAAACGCCCUCUCAGAUAGAACGUAACUAUCUUUUACAUUCAAUCAAAUGCAAUGAUUAUAUUAUUCGAAAUGUGAUAUAUUAUUCUUAUAUCUAUAAAUAGCAACGCAGAAUUAAAGGCAAUGACGGCAAAGUUUUUUUGACUAUACAAACUUCUUAAAAUCAUUAACUCAUGAUCUAACACUCCCUUUAUUUCUUAGUAACAAAAAAACAUGAAUUCACAUCCACACAGGAGUGGAAACAGGCAAAUCGUAUGGCAGGUGUCUAAUUGAGGGAUUCAGCUGCUAUAAUUUCACCCUCGUGACAAUAUAAACUAACCUGAAACAUGUGUAACUGCCUUGGAUUCAGUUUUUAUUGCUUUCUAGGAGGAAGAAAAAUAAAUGCUGUAUUUAUAAAUA